AUUAUUGCGUCACCACUCGGCGACAAGCCUGUGCGGUGUCCGCUGUGCGCGUGUUCGCUGCCCGGUUCUGCACUGCUUUCAUGUUCUUGGCGCGCUCCUUCUUCAAGAUGUCAGGCCACACACCCGCACUCGCGAGGCUGGAACAGAGGGCAGCAGAGGCUGACCAGAUCAUCGAAUACCUCAAGCAGCAGGUCCAGCUGCUGAAGGAGAAAGCCAUUGUGCAGGCGAGUAUCAGAGAAGAGAAGAAGCUGAUGGUGGAGAAUGCCAAGCUGAAGAAGGAUAUUGAGGAUCUGAAGAGGCAGCUCCUCGAGAAGGAAAGAAGGAGAGGAGUGAGAGAAGUGCCCAUGCCCUUGGCAGCAGACUCCACUGUCCAGUGUGCACCAAAGCCCUCUGUGCCACAGCCUUCAGCACCUGCAGCUGCUGCUCCUGCACCCACUUCUACAGCCCCCCCACCCAGCAACAACGAGGCCAAGAAGAAAGUGAAAGCAGAGAAAAAAGGAGAGAAGCAGGAGAAGAAGGGUGCAGCUCCCCCUCAGGAAGACGCCAAGGUGGACGUGUCCCGGCUGGACCUGCGGGUGGGACGCAUCAUCUCUGCUGAGAAGCACCCGGACGCGGACGCCCUCUACGUGGAGCAGGUGGAUGUGGGUGAAGCAGCUCCGCGCACGGUGGUCAGCGGCCUGGUCAAACACAUCCCGCUAGAGCAGAUGCAAAACCGCAUGGCCGUGCUGCUGUGCAACCUGAAGCCAGCGAAGAUGAGAGGGGUGGUCUCCCAGGCCAUGGUCAUGUGUGCCAGCUCUCCAGACAAGGUGGAAAUCCUAGACCCACCCAGUGGGGCAGUGCCAGGGGACAGGGUCACCUUCCAGGGCUUUCCAGGUGAGCCUGACAAGGAGCUCAACCCCAAGAAGAAAGUAUGGGAGCAGGUGCAGCCUGACCUGCGUACUGAUGGCCAGUGUGUUGCCACCUACAAGGGUGCUGCUUUUGAGGUGAACGGAAAGGGAAUCUGCAAAGCCCAGACCAUGACCAACACCGGCAUCAAAUAAAGAGCCUGAGCCACCCGUAUCAGCUCCAGUCUGCCAGAGGAAGUUGACUAAGGCUUGGUAAAAUUAAUCAGGGUUGGGUUUGUGACCAUGUAGGUCUUUCUAAUGGCACUGAUGAUUAAGGAGGAAUGAUGUAUAAAGCAAAUAAACCAAUUUGAAUUAUA